GGGUCAGCGGAAGUGUGUCUACGUCAUCCUCCAUGGCGACGAUGACGCUUCUGCUCUAUUUGUGCAGAUUGUUGUUAUUCAUAUUCUUACAAACUUGUUUUACAAGUUCUGAGCAGUUUGCCAUAAGGUUUCAGGAGCUCUCGCUUUGUGGAAAUGUGGAAUAUUUUGACAUUUCUAGUCUUGCUUGCGUGCGUUGCGGGCCCAAUCAGAUUAGAAGUUCCAGUGGUACGUUUUGCAUUUGCCAACCAGGGUAUAAACUGAUUUCUUACAAUGGAGGAGCAAUCAUAUGCCAGAAAUGUGAUGAAAAUAAAACGGGUGUCACUCAGGAUGGCUUUGACUGCAUCAGGUGUCCUGAGGGCUUAAAUACUGAUGGAAGAUGCCAUUGUAACCCCGGAACUAUUUUAGUGGAAAGACAUGUAAAUGGAACACUGAUGGAUGAAGCAAUAUGUGAAGUCUGUGAUGGAGCCAGGCCCUCAUUCUCAACCCCCAGUGAUUCUGAAAACAGUUUCUGUUAUAACAGGUGUGUCAGAUGUCAGGAAUCUUUUAUAAACACCACACAGUCUUGCGAGUGUAACCUGCCAAAUAUACAUGCAGGAGGUUUAUGUUUUUCUCAGAGUAAUUUAAACCUUCCUGCAGGAGCAGUCUCAAAUAUCAACUACCCACAGCUGGCAAUUUCAGUCCAUUCAUCUUGGUUUGCUAAAAAUUUGCAAGCUUCAGCAGCUGCUUGUCUGUUAUUCUCAAAUACAACUGCUUGUCAGAUCCUUGGAAAUAUGUGUGUUCAGAAUAUGAAUUCCUUGAAUGUUCUCAGUAAUGAUGCCUGUGGACUUUUUAAUAUAAUCUACAGAAAUACUGCUGGUCUUGGAAUUGUUCAGAUGAUACCAUUUUGGAGGACCAACCUUCCAUGGUUAUUUUAUGGGGAGCAACCAGGAUUAGCAUCUCGUGUCAUUUCAACUGAUUUUAUCCCUAUAAGCUUUGGUUUUAAGAGUUCAGUUCAGGACACAAGGUUACAGUUUAUUGCAGCAGUCUAUAGUGCUGAAGGAAAUUUUUUAAAGUGGCAAAAUGCAGAAGGAGGUACACUGCAGCUUUGUUCAGACACAGCAGUUAAGCUUAAUGCAGCCUUCAACUUUGGAACUACAUACCGUCAAACUUGUAUCCUUCCACUGUCAAAGAUUUUAACAGAUUUUGCAGAGCCAGUGUUUUAUGACAUUUACAUACAUUUUAAAAGCAGUGAUGGUGUGAGCAGUCUCUGGGCUGUACCUGUUUUGAACCUGAAUCUACAAUAUAAUGGGAAAUUUGUAAAUCUUGGCAAUAACAUGAAUGACUGGUAUUUGACUCGCCGGCUUUUUCUGGUGGAUGCAUUAAGUGGUCGUGAAGGUACUAAUCAACCUAAAGUCAUUCGAGUUGCUACAAAACUAAACAUUAGCAUUCGUCUUGCACCAAGUACACAGAAAGGACUCAUCUACCCACCUUUGAUUACUGUGUUCUAUUCUGAGAUUCUUGUUGAAAAUCCUGAUGCCCAAAUGGUACCUAUAUCUUUUUUGGUUGAAUACGGAAUGAAGCAAAGUGAAGAUGAAAUCCAAAGUGAUAUUGCUUUAGGAGUUCUGGGUGGCCUAGCUAUUCUAUAUUCAUUAAUAAAGACUGCCAGCUGGAAAAGACGUAUUGGAUCUCCUCUGAUUGACCUGCAGACGAUUCUAAAGUUUCUGCUUUUCUAUGCUGGAGAUUUGGGAAAUGUUUUCUUCAUUGUUACCGUAGGAAUGGGACUUUAUUGGCUUAUCUUUUUCAAAGCUCAGCAGUUUGUGUCAGUUCUUUUACCCUUGCCUGAGCAAGAAAAAACAUUUUCUACCUAUAUUGGGUGUGCUUUUGUACUAAAGGCAAUUCAUUUUGUACAUAAAAUUUUGACACAACUGUCCAUAGACAUUUUCUUUAUUGAUUGGGAGAGACCUAGAGGAAAACUUCUUAAAACUGUAGAAGGUGGAGAGGAAGUUAAAAAUGUUCCUGUCCCUGUCAGUAUCUGGAGAACUUACUUUGUUGCAAAUGAAUGGAAUGAACUACAGACGUUGCGCAAAAUUAAUCCUGUGUUUCAGAUCAUUACUGUUCUUUUCUUUCUUGAGGUGGUUGGUUUUUCCAAUUUGGCUUCGAUGGACUCUUCCUCUGCUCUUAAUAGAGAUAAGGAAAGUUACAAAGCCCCCUGCAAUAUUUUUCUCAGAUAUGGUGUCUCUGCAGCUAUGUGGCUGGUUAUUGCCCUUUUACAGGUAAUAUUCUUCACUGUCUUCUAUGAAAGAUUUAUGGAGGACAAAGUAAGACAAUUUGUAGACUUGUGCUCUAUGAGCAAUAUUUCAGUGUUAAUCUUCUCACACAGAUGUUUUGGCUAUUACAUUCAUGGACGCUCAGUUCAUGGACAUACAGACACCAACAUGGAACAAAUGAACCUGAACCUGAAAAGGGAGGCAGAGAAUCUUUGUGGUCAGAGAGGUUUGUUGCCUAAUAUGGACACUCAAACUUUUCAGGUUUCAGUAACAAAUAAAAUGAGGCAGCAGUAUGACAGAAUUCACGAGCCUCUGACAAGGAGAACUGGUCCGUCUCGUUUGAUUGAUACAUCACCCGGUCCAUUUGAGCAGAGCACCAAAGCUUAUCAUACUAUGAAUAAGUUUCUAGGAUCAUUUAUUGACCAUGCCCAUCGAGAUAUGGACUACAUUGUAAGGGACAAACUGUUUCUAGAAAAAAUUAUUGGAAUUGAGUUUCUGGAGCCACUGGAUAAAAGCAUUUUCUAUAAUGAUGAUUCCUAUUCAUUUACUGGAGUUCUGUACUAUGGUAAUGAAGCAACGUUGCUCACAUUUGACACUCUGUUUUUUUGUAUUGUGGACCUUGCCAGUCAAAAUUUUGUUUUAGCUGCUGUUCUAACCUUCCUUCAGCAAAAGUUUUUUCAGCUGAUUCGCUGUACACUUGGAAGAAAAAAUCUGGUUUCAAAAACCCUUGUGGAUGAAAGAUUCCUCAUAUAGAUGCUGUAUUACUUGACCAUCUGCAAAUACAUAAAAUUAGUAGUUCAGCUUGUCAUAUUAUGGUCAUUGUAAAACAUAUUGUAAAAUUAUGUAUUUUUGUAUUUUUUCUUAAUGAUAUUUGUAUUUAGGAUUUUAAUACUGUACUUUGUUAUAAAGUGAGGAAGGAUAAUCAUUGAAGAAAUACGAUACAAUGUAAAUAUUUUUAUUUCUGCCAAGUCUGACUUGUGACCGUAGUUGUUAAUGAUAACUAAAUAAUCUACAGUAUUCAAAUAAUUUCAAUAUUUUCUAGACAUAGUCAUGAACCAGGAGACUAUUUUGUUUUGUUUUUGUUGCUGUUUUAUUCUAAUAUACCUAUCAGUAUUUGAAAAUGUAGAUCAGAGGCCAUUGCCAUAUAUGUGUUCAUGGAGGUGCAAACUGUAAUUGUCAAAUUUUUAUGUGUAGUUCUUCAGGAGGCAAGAUAUGACUCUCAGUAUGAAACAACUAGCUGCUAAGGAGUAUUUGAAAUAUUAAGUAAUCUCUGAUGCAAGAACCAAUCUUCUUAGUUCUCAGUGUUACUUUUUUUGACAUUUUAAAACCUUUUUUAAAUAUCUGUACAGCUAAAUAAAAGAUGUUCUUUGUAAA